CCAUAACGCCGAGUGGUGUCGCAUUUUGACGCAUGCGCAUUUCAGUGGUGUCCAGGGCCGGGUAUCAUGGCGACGUACGUGGACAUCCUGAAGAGAGAGUUUCCCGAGAUCGACACGGAGCUUUUCGAUUACAUCACAGGUGUGCUGGAGAGCGGCGGCGCCGACUUCGAGGACAGCGAGGAGGUCUUCGACGCCAUCGGCGGCGUUCUCCAAGAUGUCUCGGCUGACAGCAAGAACGAGGACGACGUCAGAGACAUCUGCCUGCAGAUGUUCAACACGCUGGCGCUGAACAACCACCGGCAUCCUCAGAGGCAGGUGCUGCUGGACGCGCCGGUGCAGCUCUCUCAGAUGUCCGCCAACUCCGUCUCGGCGGACAAAGAUGUCCAGGGAAUCUGGAUGAUGAAGCGUCCCCAGAACACAACCGUCGAUGCCAAGAAGCUGGAGAAAGCUGAAGCCAAGCUGAAGGCCAAGAACGAGCGCCGGAACGAGAAGGACUCCCAGAAAGGCUCCGGGCCGCUGGUCCUGGAGGAGGCGUCGGCCAGUCAGGCCAGCAGCAAGAAGGACAGCCGAGCCGACCAGUCGGGGAAGAACCGCAGCUAUGACAUCCGGAUCGAGAAUUUCGACAUUUCCUUUGGGGAGAGGUGUCUGCUGCAGGGGGCGGAGCUCUCCAUGGCGUCGGGCCGGCGGUACGGUCUGAUUGGCCGGAACGGUCUGGGGAAGACCACGCUGCUGAAGAUGCUGGCCAGCAGGAGCCUGCGCGUGCCGGCGCACAUCUCCAUCCUGCACGUGGAGCAGGAGGUGGCGGGCGACGACACGAUGGCGCUGCAGAGCGUGCUGCAAAGCGACACGCAGCGAGAGGAGCUGCUGGACGAGGAGCGGCGGCUGAACGCCCGCAUCGCCAACGGAACGGCUGAGGGGAUGGAGAGCGUCCGGCUGUCAGAGAUUUAUGCCAAACUGGAGGAGAUCGAAGCCGACAAAGCUCCGGCACGAGCCUCCGUCAUCCUGGCUGGGCUCGGGUUUUCUCCCAGAAUGCAGCAGCAAACUACAAAGGAGUUCUCAGGAGGAUGGAGGAUGAGAUUGGCGCUGGCCAGGGCGCUGUUUGCUCGUCCUGACUUGCUGCUGCUGGACGAGCCCACCAACAUGCUGGACAUCAAAGCCAUUCUGUGGCUUGAGAACUACCUGCAGACGUGGCAGUCCACCAUCUUGGUCGUCUCCCACGACAGAAACUUCCUGAAUGCCGUGGCGACCGACAUCAUCCACCUGCACUCACAGCGGCUUGACAGUUACCGUGGCGACUACGAGAACUUUCUGAAGACCAAAGAAGACCGCCUGAAGAACCAGCAGCGAGAGUACGAGGCUCAGCUGCAGUACAGACAGCAUAUACAGGUUUUCAUCGACAGGUUUCGGUACAACGCCAACAGAGCUGCUCAGGUCCAGAGUAAGAUCAAGCUGCUGGAGAAGCUGCCGGAGCUAAAACCCCUUCACAAAGAGUCAGAGGCCACUCUGAGGUUUCCUGAUAACUUCGAAAAGUUGUCCCCUCCUAUUCUUCAGUUAGAUGAAGUAGAGUUUUACUACAGUCGAGAUCAGCCGCUCUUCUCUGGCCUCAACCUGUCGGCUGACCUCGACUCCCGCAUCUGCAUCGUUGGCGAGAACGGCGCCGGUAAAAGUACCAUCCUGAAACUGCUGAUGGGCGACUUGACGCCGGUCAACGGCAUCAGACAAGCUCACAGGAACUUGAAGAUUGGUUACUUCAGUCAGCAUCACGUAGACCAGCUGGACCUGAACGUCUGCGCCGUGGAGCUGCUGCUCAACAAGUUUCCCGGUCGGACAGAGGAGGAGUAUCGCCACCAGCUGGGAGGUUAUGGCAUCACUGGGGAGCUGGCCACAAGGCCGGUGGCCAGUCUGUCAGGAGGACAGAAGAGCCGGGUGGCGUUCGCUCAGAUGACCAUGCCAUGUCCAAACUUCUACAUCCUGGAUGAGCCGACCAACCACCUGGACAUGGAGACCAUCGAGGCUUUGGCUAAAGCCCUCAACAAGUUCAAGGGCGGCGUCAUCCUUGUGUCGCACGACGAGCGACUCAUCCGGCUGGUGUGUAAGGAGCUGUGGGUGUGUGAUAGCGGGAAGGUUUGGCGCGUUGACGGCGGCUUCGACGAGUACCGAGACAUCCUGCAGGAACAGUUCAAGAAAGAGGGUUACCUGUGAGGCCCGGCCACUGCCGACUGAGCACACCCACCAGUAGCAUAAUGGAUCCUGGACAAGCAGCCAAUCAGCAGUCAGAGCACAUCAGAGGACCAGAACUGUCUUGUCCGCUGCUCAGAUGACCUGCUGCGAGACGAUUGGCUGUUUGGGGUCACCUGGUGAGGUCCCAGUGAACUUUGGAUUGGGAACGACUCGAGGAAAUGGUCAGGUCCAACCGAACCUGUUAAGGCUUUUGAGAUUUUAUGAGAUAUAAAGGACCAGAAAAUAAUAAAAAAACAAACAAAACAUGA